CCGGGACGCUGUUCGCCCCUGUUCGCCCUUGUCCUGAGAAUGCGGCUGCUCAACACCAACUCCGUCGAUGGCCUCCGCGCCAUCGCCGUGCUGCACAUCGUACUCGGCCACCACAGCACCUACACUGGCUACAUUGCGCACACCACACCGUCCACGCAGGAAGCACCCGACGCCGACGAGGCAGACGCCUUCGGGUGCAGCACUAAAUGGUGCACAGGCGGCUCUCUGAACUGCUGGGCCGGCUCGGACUUCGAUGGAUGCACGUGCGCCCUCGGCGAGGCUCGCAUGACGGGUCGGAUGUGGCCACACGCCUUCUACGAGGGCCACAUCCGAGGGCCACACGCGUAUGAGUGCUGCCUACCGUCCACGAACUAUACUGACCUCGUGGGCGUCACGUGUGGCAGCUACAUUCCAGCGGACGACCCGAUGCACCGCACCACGUCGGGUCUCGACCUGAUCGGCGGCGCGUCGAUGAGUUUGUUCUACAUCAUCAGCGGAUUCGUCCUCAUGCUCGGAUACGGCAGUGUGCGCCCGGUGCCGCGAGGCACCGACACGAGUUGCUGCGGCGACGGCACCUCGGCCAACGCGGGCUGCUGCUUCCCGUGCUUCUGCGCGCCGACCAAGGAGGUGGAGGCGGAACCGGCGGAGGCGCCGCUGCCGCCGCUCAGCGCGCGCGACUUUUACAUCAAGCGCUUCGCGCGCAUCGGGCCGCUCUGGUACCUGGGCAACCUGCUCGCGGUGCCGCUGUACUUCACGGGCCACACCCAUGCAACGGGCGCGUGGUGGUGGGGGGGCUUCGUGCUCUCCCUCUUCCCGCUCGGCCUGAACUCGUGGACCGUCCUGUUCUUCCCGCCGGCGGGCCACCUCUGGACGAUCUCCACCAUGACGUUCUUCUACCUCCUCUUCCCACGCAUCGCGAUCCACCUGACUCGCGUCCACCCGAAGCAGGUGCGCACGUUUGCGUGCGCACUGUACGGCAUCCAGCUGGGGCUCUUCGUCUGCAUGCUCUUUGGUGCUGGAGCCAUCUUCGGCGGCGAGUUGGGAUACUGGUGGGCAAGAGUGUGGCCGCCGAUUCGACUGCCGACCUUUGUGAUGGGCAUGCUCGCCGCGCGCCAGGCAGAGCUCGAGGCCAAGGACCCGGCACUCUCGCAGAACUGCUACUCGCUCGCCAAGGCGUGCCGCCGGCACUAUGCGACGGCGCUCCUCCUCGUGUGGCUCCUCAUCGUCGUCCUCGGCAUCCUCGAGCAGCUCUUCCUCACUUCGGCCGGCUUCGGCUACCUCUGCCGCAUCGCCGGCGAGGCGGCGCUGCCGAUCCUCUUCUAUGAACUCAUCGUCGCCCUCGCGUACCCGGCGAGCGCGCCAAGGCCGCCCUCGACGACGCACGCCUUCCUCGGCUCGGAGCCGCUGCGCCGCUUCGCCAACAUCAGCCUCGCCGUCUAUGUCGUCCAUCAGACGCUCAUCAUCUACAUGACACUCGCCGCCUACGGUGUGUUGUGGCCGGGCGCGUUCGCCACCAACGGUGGCCCAGAGGUCUGGAGAUCGGCUGCAAGCAAGGGAAGGGCAGGAGGGGCGCUCAUGCUGAUGCCCAAGUGGGGCACCGCCGCCACGCUGCCCCUCUCGAUUUUCCUCGGGUGGCUGCUUACCUACGGCUUCGAGCGGCCCAUGAGCCGCGCGAUCCGGCGCUGCGUGGCAUCGCCCACGCGCCGAGGUAGCGUCGCGCCGCGCUCCGUUCCUUAAAUUCUACAAAGUCCCCGUGUCUCCGUGUGUCUCUGUGGUGGGGCGGCCUGUGCCGCCGUUCCUCCUUAACCUUAUCCCUCCACCGACCCUGCUGCUGCUAAAAAAGAAUCGUAUACCC